AUGUCUAAACAAACAAUUUAUCUCCAACCGCUGGACUGGGAGUCAAACCCAAUUGAGAAACUGAAGCUCUCCACCAUUGACACCAUCCCCAACUGCGCAUACAACAACUACGCCAUUUUCUUCCGCCUCCAGGAUGAAGAAAAAAGCCGCGCCGUGGAGCUGCUGAAAUCUGGGCUGAAGUGUACCCUCGCUCAGGUUAAACAUUUAUGCGGAACAAUGGAGAAGGACGAGCAGGGACGAUAUUCAUUUGUUCAAAAGCGGGAGUCGAGGGUUCAGGUUGUCAUCCACGAUAUGGAUCCAAAUGCCGGCACUCCAACUCUGGAUGACAUCGAAAAGGGCCAUUUUGGAGGCGAGACCUUGAAGGAUAUUAGUCUCUGGAGCAUUCCAACAAUGACAUGGGGAGAGCGUCCUGAGGCAAACCCAGACAACCGCCCUGCCGUGUCCGCAUACCAAAUUAACCUGUGCGCCGGUGGUCUGGUCUUGGUCGUCCAGGUCCAUCAUUACGCCCUGGACGCAAUAGCGUUCAAAAACUACAUCAUGCAACUUGCGGCCAAUUGUGCAGCCCUGGCCAAUUCGACGCCCUUGCCGUCAUUCGACCCAGCAAACCUAGACGCAUCGCGCUUGACGAUCGAAGUUCCGGCUGAUAAGCUGACCGACGGCCCGCCCGCACCUCGGAGGAACCCAAACCACCGGACGCAGCAGGCGGUGCUGCUCCACCUGCCCAAAAGCAAAGCGGCCGAGCUAAAGAGGCUCGCCACGCCCGAGGGCGGCGACCGGGUGUCUAUGUACGAUGCCUCGUGUGCCUACCUCUGGCGUGUCCUAAGUAAAGUGAGGGUUGCUCUGUACGAACCCUCGCGAGAUACGGUUUUGUGGUGGGGCGAGGCUAUCAACCUACGACCGCGGCUUUGCCGCCCACCCUUGCCCCAGGGACUGAUGCGCAACGCGUUGGGCUGCGCUAUCUCAGAUACGAGCCCUGUUCCCCCAUUGACGGUCGGCGAAGUUGUGGACGAGGCGCCUCUGAGCAAGCUAGCAUCCUAUAUCCGCGCGCUGACAAACGGCUGCGACAACGAACACAUCAACAAACUGCUGGCUGGCGUGGCACCCGUCCGGGACAAAAGUACUUUGAGCCUGCGACUAGACUCAUACCCGCCCAUGAGCAUGUUUGUGACUGAUCACAGGCCUGCCGACGUUAGCAGUUUUAACUUUGGGUUCGGGAAGCCGAUUACGUAUAGACACUUGUUCGGCGGCUUUUCGACGGAGGGUGCUGUUAUUAUGUAUCCCCCUGUCAGGUCCACGAACCCCGACGAAGGCUGCGUUUUUUCGGUAACUAUGGAAAAAGAGCUUGUGGGUAAAAUGAGAGCAAUGCGCGAGUUUUCCGACUUUUUCGAAUAUCGCGGUGUCGACUAG